GUAUUAAGUUCGCGUAUAACCCCAGAAAUCUCUAGAGACAAUUUCAAAAAGUGGCUUGAUUCUGUAGGAACUGAUUACGCAAACGUAUAUUGGUUCAUUCGACAUCGCAGCCGAUUGGAACAAAUAAAUAAAACAUAGCAAACCGGUUUCGAUCUCAUUAAUAUUCAUGACUGCUUUACAGUCGCUAAUGGUCGUUGACACUUCAAGUCGUCGACUUCGGUAGUCGCUCUUUCUUAUCGAAUACGACUGGAGAGGGAUCUACACAUACUCCUACUUACAUAUAUACAUUGCACAUAUACGUACAAAGAUAAGAGAGUCGUGAAGCACUCAUGUUUCUGCCGCAAAUUGAGCUUUGACCAGCGUACAGAACAUAGUUUACCUGCAGUCUCGAUCAGUUUCGUACAACGUACAUUUACUCCUUUUACCUGGCAUCAGGACUCGCCAUAUGGACGCCGGUACAGUGGGAUUAGGCUCGAGUUCUCUAGAGAAGCCAGCUAUGUACAAAGUACUCUCCAAUGUGUCAAAGUAUACGGUCUACAAUGGAUUGCGUAGGACACCAUCCGUUCUUCGUGGAGCACCUAUAACAACGUUAAACCUAAAUAAGCAACCGAUCCCGAAGCAACCUGUUCCUGAUCUCAAGCAAACUGCGGAACGUUACUUGAGAUCUUUAAAGCCACUGUUGACUGACAACGAAUAUAAAAAUACGGAGAGGAUUGUCGGUGAAUUUAUAAGCCACACGGGCGCGGGACCUCGGUUGCACGCUAAAUUAUUGGAGAGAUAUCAAAAUACCGAUAAUUGGAUGAAAGAAUGGUGGCUGGAAGUUGCAUACUUAGGAUACCGCUUGCCCGUGAUCGUGCAUUCCAGUCCUGGAACUGUCGGGCCACCUGUUAUUUUCCAACGAUCAGAUGACGUGUAUGUGUACGCGGCGCGUCUCGUAGCUGCAGUGUGCAAUUACAAUGAGAUGGUCAAGAGUGAAAAGAUGAUACAAGAGAUGGCUCGCAAUGAUCCACUUGAUAUGCAGCCUUACGGCAUGAUACUCGGCACGCACAGGCAGCCUAACAAAGUAAUCGAUAAACUAUUGCACACAGAUGAGGCUAAACACAUAAUAGUCAUAAGCAAUAAUAAUUUCUUUAAACUUUGUGUUGUCGAUGAAAACGGCAUUUUAAGUGAGGGCAAGCUCGUGGCUGCCGUAAAAGAUAUAGCAGAUCGUUCGUGUACUCGAGGGAAGCCUGUAGGAAUUUUAACUGGAAAUGACAGAGACACUUGGGCGAAGGACUACGGCUUACUUUUAGAACUGGGUAACAAUAAGAAUAUAAUCAAGGAUAUAGAAUCUUCCUUGUUUAUAUUGUGUCUCGAUAAGGAUCUACCUAAAGACGCUUUUAAGGAGAAGAAUAAUGCCUCGGUCAGAGCGGUUCAAACUAUGACAGGCUACAGCAGCUGCGUAAACGCUGGUAACAGGUGGCACGACAAGACUGUGCAGUACAUAGUAUCCGCCGAUGGUUACAUUGGCAUGGAAUAUGAACACAGUCCAUGCGAGGGAGUUCCGGUUGCUGUUCUUCAUGAUUAUGUAUUAAAAUAUAUAGCGACAAGAGAAAAUAGCGCGAGAGACGGAAGAUCUGCGGAUUUUCCGAGACCGGAACUUUUGAAGUUCGAAACUAACGACGUUAUAGACUGUGCGAUCGAGGUAGCUACCGAUACAGUAGAUAAACUCUCCGACGACAUAGACAUGGAAUGUUUUACAUUCGAAAAAUUCGGCGCGGACGCUAUAAAAGCGAUUAAACUGAGUCCCGAUAGUUUUAUCCAGAUCGCGAUGCAAGUGACGUUCUAUAAUUUACAAAGGAAGGCGCCAGCUCAUUACGAAAGCGCAGCAUUACGAAGAUUCAUAAAUGCCAGAACCGAGUGCAUCAGAUCUACUAGCACCGAGUCUGUUGAAUUUGCAAAAGUAAUGCUUCCUGAGGAAUGUAAGAGCAAACAGCAAAAGAAGGAAGUGAUGAUCAGAGCUAUAAAUGCUCAUAAAGAACUCGCUGCACAAGCUGCGACAGGACAAGGUGUCGAUCGGCAUUUGUUCGGCUUAAAAAUGAUUGCGAAAAGCGAAGGAAUGGAGCUCCCAGAAUUGUACAAGGAUGUUGGUUACACCAGAAGUACAUACUUCAAUUUAACGUCGAGUCAGGUGCCAUAUAAGUCAGCGUCUUUCAUGUGCUACGGACCAGUUGUUCCCGAUGGUUACGGCUGCUGCUACAAUCCGCGACCGAAGGACAUUCUAUUUGCCUGCUCGUCGUUCAAAUCGUGCAACGGAACUGACACGAGGGAGUUUGCUCGCGUUUUGCAACAGACACUGUCAGACAUGCGAGAGAUAGGAAGUGAAUAAAAGUGCAGAGAGACUCCGCAAUUUUAUUGCGAUAGGAAAUGGAAGUGUCGAAGUUGAUAUUUUUAUAUAUGUAUAUACGACGAUAAACAAAAACUCGAGAUGCUCGAGUCAAGCGGACUUGUUUCUUAUAAACUUUUUAUUGCGAAAUAUAUACUGGAGAUCCGAAACAUGUCACAAUUGUAUUUUCUCACAAUAAACAUACGUUAAUCUCA